AUGACUGUAUUCAAAUUGAAACGUCGGUUCAUUCCUUUUGUGGCUGAACGUAGAGGGUUCAUUCUUUUUGAGACAGUCUCACAAUGGGCCAAAGGUUCAUUCCUUUUGAGACAGUCUCAGAUUGCGCCAAAACACAUCCCCUGGCCAGUGUAUCCAUCGUCCGUGGGCUGUCAGCCGCCAACGUCACGGGCUGGACAAAGUGGUACGGUUGUCAGGGACCCUGACUGGCGACUUCGGAGCAAUCUCGAAACGAAUGGCUCUUGCGCUUUCUGUGUGGAGAUGAGGACACGAUGGAAUGAGCGACGAGUGGAGCUGGUGAAACGCAUGCGAGACCUCGACCGGUUGAUUCCUUUUGAGACAGUCUCAGAUUGGGCCAAAGGUCAAUUCCUUUUGAGACAGUCUCAGAUUAGGCCAAAGGUUGAUUCCUCUUGCGACAGUCUCAGAAUGACUGUGAAAAGCCCUGAGAACAGUUCUGACAGCCCUGAGAUCCCUCAGUCACGAGUGGUAACACGCACCUGGGCUUAUAUGAAUUUCAAUAGUACAUGGAUUACGAAAUCAAAUAGGAUUGACACGGCUGAACGUACCGGGUUCAUUCCUUUUGAGACAGUCUCAGAAUGGGCCGAAGUAGGUGCCUGA